UUUGAGUAUUGUCAAUGUCUCUGAAUGGGUUGGACAGAGAAGACCGCAGUAUCAAGCUGAUUCAGAGACAUCUCUAAAUGAUUUCCCUUGUGUUUCAUUUACCAAUCAGAAAAUGGACAGUGACAUGAGGGCAGAUUUAUGUUUCCUGAGAUCCAGCGUGUCGUUUCCAGGCAUAUCAACCAAUCAAGCAAACACAAUGGUCAAGUUAAAUACUGUAUUGAUUGACUGCUCUGAGAUGGCAAGAUGUCCAGUGCUCAUGUGGAAUCCAAACCCACACCAUGUGCCUCAAUGGCUCAACCAAAACAAAGUUAAAUCUCCAAACGUUGCAAUAAAAGAAUUAAUCUGCCCUACAUUUUCAAAGCCAUCCAAUGAGACAGGUGAAGGAAGCAUUAACUGGCAGGUUCAGAGGAGGCAGAUCAACCUGCGGAAAAAGUUUCAUUAUUGUAAAUGGCAAAACCAGAGAGGUAGAAACUCUACACUAGAGGGCGCUGGCACUCCUCAGACAGCGAAGAAACGUUGGGUGGGCAUUGGAUUUAAUCCCAUUCCCAAAAUCACUUCACAGCCUCUUCCUCGCAGAUCAUUGGUUAAAGAUACAGGGUGUGGAUCAUUGGAUCAGAAACUGCCAAGCCUAACCACACCAAACCCAAACCACAGCAGUAGUCCCAGUCCAGCUCUAAGCCUGAGUUUGGGGUCAACGAAGUGCUAGAGAAGCUAAACAUGCGGUGAAUCUGCCUUGUCCAUCUC